AUGCCAUCAAAACAAAUUAAGGCACACGUAUUCAGAAAACACACACACACAAUGUCACCUCAUCCUCUAGUCACCUCCCGCUCGCCUGCACCUAAGCCACACCGAUCCUCCUAUUUCAAAUCUACUCCGGUUAGCCAAGCCAUGAUCCAGCAAAGGGAAAUUCUUCUCCACCUGUAUGCUUACCAACACCUCCAGGGAAGACCAAAUGGUAACCAGAAAGUCAUAGUGGAUCCAGAGCUUCCCGGGCAUUUCGGCACCCUCGCUGCCAAUGACUGGACCAUAUACGAUGGCCCGGCUGAUGGCCCCGAUGCGAACCUUGUUGCGCGUGCUCAAGGUUUGCACAUUGGGGCUCAGAUGAGCAAAGAAAGCUAUUUCAUCUGUUUCAAUAUGGUGUUCAUCGAUCCGAGGUUUAUGGGCUCCAGUUUCAAGGUGAUGGGAGACUUUCAAGCGAAUGAAGGUGAGUGGGCAAUCGUCGGCGGGAUCGGAGAGUUUGCAUAUGCACAAGGUGUCAUCACCUACAAGAAGACCCAAUUGGCAACAGGAGGAAAUAUGAGAGACCUUCAUGUUCGUGCUUUGUGCCUUUCCUUGUCAAAACCAGGGGAAACUCCUUGCUCUGACUCGAACAUACCGGAUGCACCGGAGACACCGGACAUACCGGACGUACCAGACACACCAAACAUACCUGUGCAGAUCCCUGUGGUAAAAGUUGGGCCAUGGGGUAAAACUAGUGGGGAAUUCCUUGACGUCCCAGCGAUACCGCGACGUCUAGAAAGUGUGACUAUUCGUCAUAGUUCUAACAUCGUGUCACUUGCAUUUUCUUUCACCGACCAAGCCGGUGAAAAGCAUACGGUUGGUCCGUGGGGUGGCCAGGGCAUACCCGCCAAUGUGUAUAGUAAGGAUACGAUCGAGCUUGGUCCUUCGGAGUUCGUGAAAGAAAUCCGUGGGACAGUGCUGCCUGCUGGACCACUGGCCGUUCAAUAUACUAUUGCUGCUGGAAUAGCAUCACUAGAAAUUGACACCAAUAUGAGAACGUACGGGCCUUUCGGAUCACGAAAUGUACAUCCUUUCAGUGUUCCGGUGCAUGGCAACAAUAGCAUCAUAGGUUUCUUUGCGCGCGCUGGUAAAUACGUGGAGGCACUUGGGGUUUAUGUCGGUCCAUCCGUUUCAAACUAGUCUCCCAGUGUUUCUUAUACCGGAGAUGCCUUCACUUUCCAUCGCACAACAAUAAGGGACACUUUUUUUUUCUGGUGCAAUGUUUUUUCUUAAAUUAUGCUCUUGUGAUCAUCCCCUCGUUUAUUGGUAUGCAAAAUAAGGUUAUGCCUUGUGUCAAA